GUGGUACUGAAAAUAUCCCCAUAGCGCCGUGCAAGAAAAGCCAACCAUACGGCUUAUACAAACGAAAUCACUGUACAAACAAAACAGCAACAUUCAAACAAAGAAUUUGUUGUUGAAGCGGAUUCUUACACGUAAGUCACGAGAAUAACUUUAAUACAAAAGUUUGAAGAGGACACAAUUGGUGCGUCGGACCGCGCUGCAACUGACAGGAUUCCCGGUUCAACACAUAUGUGCGGUCAUGAUCUGGUGCCAACAAGCUUCAAAUGUCCCCUUCAUUUUCCUGUUCAUGUUAUUUAGUCUCACAGUCAAGCCUGCAACCUUCAGUCCAGUGACAACAGAUAGAAACACAGUAAGUGAAAACUAUGCAGCAUCCUCCUCUGCUCAGCAACAGGCUCAAUAUACUCAACCAGCCGAGGAGCAGGGCACGCCACAUGAGGAAAAUGAAGAAGAUGAUGAGCUUUUCAAAGACGUGGAUCCUAGAACCCUAGCAGCGGUCCUUCUCGAGGCCCUCAACCAGCCCCAGAAGGAAAAGAUGAGUGAACGAGAAGACGGGGGAAUGGAAGUGGAAAAGGAGAAGGACCUCCAGGGCGCAGACAGAGACAGAGAUGGCCACAAAGAGCUGGAGCUGGUCAUGGCAGCUGCUGCAGCGCAAGGAAAAGAUGAGGAAGAACGAGAGGAGGAAGAGGAGAAAAAAAGGGCUGAGGAGGAGGAACGGCUAACAGAGAAGGUGACGAGCCGCACCACCAGUCAGACGGUGCCAUUGAAAGAGCAGGUGGCCACACAGGAGAGGCCCACAAAAGAGGAGGUGAUCAAAGAGGAGGAGAAGCAGGAGCCAGAGGAGGAAGAGCAGCUGAGUCCAGAGGAAGUGAAGAGUCUGGAAUCCAUGUUAGAGGAGUUCCAGAGCUACAGCACAGCCACGAAAAGAGAGCGUGACACGAACACAGGUCUGAGGGAGGGUCGUGGGGAGUAUUUUGAUUACCUGGACCGCAAUGGCCUCAUGAACAACGAGAUCAAGCCUAAAGCUUUAGGCAAUGACCUAGCGCUGUCCAAGAAGAAGAUAAAGUGGCAGCUCGAACAAGAGAAGAACAAAAUCCAGCCCUUACAAAGAGGAGGCAACUUCAUGGAUGACUUUACCAACAACCUCGCUGACCCAGAGGAAGAAGUCGAGGAAGAUCAAGAGGACGAUGAACAGCUGAGUCCCGAAGAAGAGGAAACCCGAGCCAAAGCGGAGCAAGAGGAAGUACGCAGACAGGCGGCAGAGGCACAAAGAGCCAAAGCGGAGGAAGAAAAGCUUGCAGAUAUUGCAUCUGACAUGCUCCUGAAAUACAUCGUGAAACAAGACAAGAAAAAGUACCAGGACAACAAUGGCGCAGAAGAUAAGCGCUCCGAUGAGGAGCAGACUAGUGAUGACGAUGACGACAUCGACCCACAGACCAUCGAUAAGCUGAUCGAGAUCUCCAGCAAGCUGCACCUUCCUGCAGACGAUGUGGUGGACAUCAUUAACGACGUGGAGAAGAAGAAGAAAAAAGAUGCUCCUGAAAAUCUCCCAUGGCAACGUCCUCUCGUGCCACCUCCAGCCCCCGUCGCACCUUCAACGCUGUUACGUAAACCUCCUCCCUCAAAGCCUCCUCAACCGAACACAAAUCCAUUAAAAGCCUGGUUCAAAGACAGGGCUUCGGUCAAGCCUAGCAAGCAAGACAUUUGGACGAGGCAGCAGUGGCCCUUUCGUGCCUACCCCUCCUACAAUUUCUAUCAAAAACCCUACCGGGGAUAUUACCCCAUCUACGUCCCAUCUCCAAAACCAAAAUCCCGCUACUAUCCCAAGCCUUCUUUCUCCAUCAAUGACGUCUUGGGUAACUCACUGGACUAUGACUUCGAUUACUCCCCCAGACGGAAGUCCCGACCCUGGGCGCAGGCACGCCAAAGAGUCCAACCAGCCUUCCAGCGAAACCUCUACUUCCCUCACCCUCGGACUUUCAAAGCCGUACCCAUGCCUAAACCCCGGUCGCCUCCGCGUCGUUGGCCGUCCUUUUAUUACCCAGCCCGAGCUCCUGUAGUCACCCGGGAGGAUGAUUACUAUAGUCCACUGAGGCAGCCGCCUCAGGACAGCGAAGAGGAGCUGGAGAACUUCAUCGAGAGGGUCUUCAUGAAACAUCCCAGGAUGUUUCAGUGAGCAGACUGGGUGGGAAAAACAAAAGAGAGCGAUGAGGAGGAGGAGGAGGAGGAGAAGAAAGCGAAAGGGAACAAUUUAAAGACUGUUCAUGGCCAACUUAUGUUCUGGUUUCUUUUGCUGAAAUAAGUUCCGUCAUACUCUUUUAUUCGCUUCACAUUCGAAGUUUACCUUUAGGACAGAACAUAUUCAGGAUCUUCAUGUCCAUCACAUCUUCCACCCUCCUCCCCCUGGAGAGACUGAACGACCAGCAAAGCUACUAGAGCGGUGAGAGGAAAGGGUUCUUAAAUCUCUCAAAUACCCAACGCUGAAGUUCUGCCUGCCCCUAGAAGGCCUUUAUAAAGGAGCAGAUAGCACCAUGUUUUCAUCCAGUACAAAGACAUUCAAGAUGAAAUCUUGAAAGACUUGCCAUUAUAUGGAAGCAACUCCAUUAUUAAGUCUUAAGUAUCUUCUGUUUUGUUUUAUAUAUUUUGAACAUUUCAAAUCCCAGUGGUCAAUAUCAUUGAUCAUAACAUAGCGGGAUAGCAAAAAAAAAAAAAAUUCUAAUUGCACCUUUAAAGAACGCAAACACGUAGAUUUAUUCAAACAGAGAAACCAUCACAGUGCCAUAAUGGUGGAAAUAUACAUUUUGUUUAUUCUAUACACCAAAUGUAUUAAGUCUUGUACCUCAGAGUAUUCUGCUUGAGCAUUUACCAUUUGUGCGUUCCCUUGUGAAACAAAGAGGACACACUCUAAGUCUUGUACAUAGAAUUAGUUUCUUAUCGCUGUCUGCAUUUUGAAUUUUUCCUUCGAUGUGUUUAUACCAUUGUUUUUUACGCAAAAAAGAUAGAAAGUUGGUGCAAAGGACAUUCAUACAUUCCAACGAUUUCUAAGAAACAAAUUUAUUAUUUCGUAGAAGCUGUUUUGAAUACAACUUUUAAUUGCCUUAAGACACUCUCUUCCCCUUUUCAGAUGAGCAGCAUUUUUGUCACAGACUGGCUGAAAGGUUUGUUCUCAAGCUCAUAAAACUGAAAAGCAGUGAUUAGCCUUUCAACAUGUUUUACAAAUAAAACAAAUAUAUGAAGAUAACUAAAAACAUAUUUAAUGUUUGUGGUUUUAAAUGUGUCAAAUGUUAAUGGUUUAUUCAAGAGUACCCUCACCCCAAUGAUAGUUAGGCCUACAUCUUACCAAAAUCAAUCACCGGGCCAAUGAGAGCUCAAUCAAAAUAGCAUAGACAAUCUAUUAAACAAUUAAUGUUCACUUGGGAAGGAAGCAAUGUGGAUCAAUGUGAAUCAAUGUAAAUCAGGAAAAAAAAAAAAAAAAAUCAACUGGCUAAAACAGUCCCAAAUAAAAUGAUUAAAAAAGUAAACGGGUGCUUCUCAAUCUUAAAAAGAAAGAAUACUCAAAAGUAAGGGGGAGGCAUACACCGUUCUAAUUUUCUUUAAAUGAUUUGAAAGUCUGUCAGAUGAAAGCUAGGGGAAAAAAUGGUUGAGAAUAGCUGAAACAGUGAAGGAGUAAAGAUUCUGCACGUUACUGUAAACUUGCAUCUAAAAUGUGUUGCUUCUUUGAAGACAUUAUGAGCAUUGAAAAAAAGUAUAAAAAAAAGAUGAAUGACUAGUGUAUCCAAGUAAAAAUGCCGUUAAGUCUUGUGCGAGGAAAAAAUGUUUAUGUCCUUUCUAGAUGUAUCUUGUACGUAACAUAAUAAACAUGCGUUUGCUGGAUGUAAAUAACCGCAUGUUGAUGACUAGUUUUGCUACACAGAGAGAACUAAAUAAACUUGACUAUUUUUUAUUAA